AGGUUGUACUCGGUUGAGGAGGCUCAAGAUUCAUUUUCACAAAGAAACUUAUACAGGGCUACAACGCCUUUCUUGUUUUGCCGCAAGGACAAGACAUAGAACUUUUAUGAAUUUAAAAGGGAAAAUAUCUCCCAGCAGAAAUUAUUGCAUGAACUGCAAUCACUACAAGCGUUUGUCCAAAAGGAAGCUCAUUAAAACAAGUAAUCAAUCAUGGCUCUCGUCAAUGUUAACAGAAAGAACAUGGACCAGUUCUAUCGUUACAAGAUGCCAAAACUCCUAGCUAAGGUAAGAUGAAUUUGAUAUUUUUUAGGAUGCCAUGUGCAGUUUGUACCUACAUUUGACCCUUGAAGUACAUGUCAUCAUAUGCGCAAGUUCAUGGUUUAUCUGUUGUUUCAGGUUUAGUUAAUAAAGUAUGUCUUAUUUGUUGUACUCUUAAGGCAAUGCUCUAUAUUCUCAUCAGAGAAUCGUGCAAUAUGGCUAGUAACAAAAAAAUAAUUAGCGAUAAUUGUUAUUAUUGGACAAGGUUGAGCAAAAUAUUGGGAUUUGUCAGUGAUAAGCUGGGCUGAGACAAAUAAUAUUAUUGAUCUCUGAGAAAUAAUAUUGUAAUAUCAUUUGAUCACUGAGUUUGUUUUUUGGGACCUGUUUACAUGGAGGUGGGUGAUCCCAGAUAGGUGAGGUGACAUGUGGCGGGUCACCCCACUUAUCAUGUGAACGUGAUUAAAAUAAAAUGAGAGAUUAUAAGGUUAGGCAGGCUAGCCCACCUAAGUGGGUUACCUCGCUCCUGAGGUCCCCUACCUCCAUGUAAACAGGUCCUUAGUGAAUAUCCUAGGUAAGCAGAGCAGUCUGCUGUUUUCACUCAAGAGCAAUCACAAGAAGGAGGAAAUUGUUGUCUCAGCCAAUGAUUUUAAAUUUUAUUUGCAUCGAAUGGUAAUGAUUUAAAUAAUUAUUAUUAGUUUCAGCUCUAUAUAUAAUAGUUUUUUGAUAAUUUGAUUGAAAAAUAUUGUGUUUACACUUCAGGUGGAAGGGAAAGGAAAUGGAAUCAAAACAGUAAUUGUCAAUAUGGUGGAGAUAGCUAAAGCAUUGCAGAGGCCACCUGCAUGUAAGAUAGCAUGAACUGUUGUUUAUGUUUGUCUGUUUGUUUUCUUGUUGUUGGUUUGUCGUACUUGUUUGUUGUGGCUACUGCCUCUUGAGGAAAGGCAUAGCCAUAAUGGUCCGUGAAAGCAAGCAAGAAAGUAAGUGAGUAAUCAACUAAGUGGGCAGGCAAGUAAGUAAACUUCCACAGGAAACUUGGGGUGAAUGACUUUUUCAUUUCACACUGUUGCUGUGUUUUGCCUUCCUUCCAAAUGAAUAUUAUGUUGAAUGAAAGUUUUCUUAUACUUUCAAUUUGCAACAUGUCAUGGACUUCCAGCUUUCUUCUUUGCCUUAGAUCCAACUAAAUACUUUGGUUGUGAGUUGGGAGCCCAAACCCAAAUUGACCUAAAGAAUGAGCGUUACAUUGUCAAUGGGUCACAUGAUGCAGACAAGUUGCAAGAGAUACUUGACGGAUUUAUUGAGAAGUUUGUGUUGUGUCCAGAUUGUGAAAAUCCUGAAACUGUGCUGGUAAUGUGUUAUUUAUUAUUGAGAAUAGAGCAUCUAGGGGUGGGGGAGAUAGGAUUGGGAUUGGAAUACUAGUACUACUAUAAUAUAAUUUUUGUAUUUAAAAUUCAAUGCCUGGAUUUUCUAGUAGUACAAUGGUACAUCUCCUUCUGCUUAAUUAAAGGUUAAAACACCCUUGCUACAUUUAUGUAAAAAUAAGGAACUCGAGAUGAUAGUACAAAUUACUUGUUUUUUUGGGAUCAUUUUCUUAGAACAGACAUUGUACUGAUGUGAAUUGUAGGGUUUGGUGUGAGGGUGCAAGUGAUUUUUUCACUUGGUAAAAAGGUGGUAUACACCUGUAGUUUCACAAAGAAUUUGGCCAGUCUGUAAUUUAAUUUGAAGAAAUUUGACUCCAUAAAUGAAGAUGGGAUGUUGCCAUGAUCAAGUAAUUCAGAUCUGUUUUGUCAUUUUCAAUGUCUAGAAUGUAGAGCCACGCAAGGAAAGGAUUGGACAGUCAUGCAAAGCAUGUGGAUACAGUGGAGUUCUUCAUAUGCAACACAGACUCAUUACCUUUAUUUGCAAAAAUCCUCCAAAUGAAGCAGCAGGAACCCCUUCUAAAAAGUGAGAUAAAUGCACGACUCAGUUCUCUCUUACGGAUUUUAAGAUGGUGCGCAACAAAAAGCAAACAUGAAUAUCCUACCUAUCCUAUUUUAAAUUUGUUUUUAAUGCUCGCACACUUGAACAUGCAUUUACAUACUGUACAGCUAUAUACCUGCACUAGUAACCAUGGAGUAGGUAUUGUCCUUUAGAAAGCCCAAUAAGGCCCAAUUUUAGUACUCAGAUCACCUUAUAUGAAUAUAAGCAACAUGUUUAGAAAUGGUGGUAAAUGGAAGCAAUUUUUUGCUACCAUGAAAUACAUGAACAUUCAUUUUCUCAAAUCAACAAUUGUAUGUAGAAAACAUUCUGAAGAUUGAUAGUGAAACACCCUUCUAAAUUUAAGUUGUUGCGCUUUUGGUGUUACGCAUGAAAAGUCUUGCAUUACUGAAAUUUUUAUCGUCCUUUUUUAACUUAAAAAAUGGUGGUGUUAAUGUUUUUAUAUAAGCAUCAUAGAAUGCACUUUCAUGUAAUUACCUAUACGUGCUGUUGAAAAUAUUUUGUCUCCAUGCAAAAGUGCUUAAUGAAUUUGUAAAGACAAAAACAAGGCCAAUUCGUGAAAAUGAGUGUACUUUCAUGUCAAUAUUACUGAUCACCUCGUUAUUGAAACUAUUAUUUUCUGGUAAUGACUAGCAAAAGGUGUAUUUUGUCCAAUACAUGUACUUGACAAAUACAUUUGACCCUUCAUACAAUGGAAAUGUUUGUGAACAGGAUUAGGCUGAACAUGGGUCAUUUUGUCAAGAAGUACCGUGGAUAAAUAAAGAUUGAAGGGUUAGCUUAGUGUUUCUUUCUUUAAGCAGUAUGAUAUUGCUUAUGUCUGGUGUUUAAAGUGGUAAAAACUCAUUCUUUACCUUGUAGAGACAAAAAGGAACGACGCAGAGAAAAGCAGAAAGGGCAACAAAAUGGGGAAACUAGCCCUACCCACAAUCCAAUGCAACCUGGGGAAAAUGGAAUUGAAAACCCUGACUUCAACAAAGAGGUAAGGUUUAAUUUUCAAAAUAGAGGUAGUUUGUUCAUCCUUUCCAUCGGUAACAACAGUAAUGAAAAUUGGGCCCAAGUUUUUUAUCACUGGUGUAGUCACUUCAGAAUUUCCUCUAAGUUUAUUGUGUGGGGCAUCUUUAAGUCCAGUGACCUCGUGUAAAAUUGUUCUUGGCUGCAUCAAACCUGGAUACCCUUUUUUGCCCCAUUCAUUCAGCUUUGCAAUAACUUUUAAACAUGCCUAAAUGUUACAAAAGAGUAAUUUAAAUCCUGACUUCUCAAAGCCUUUUCUUUAAUUCCUGAUAAUUCAAACCAAUUUGCUUUUCCCAAGGUGGUUAGUAAAAUACAGACUGUAGGGUUUCCACAGUAGUUUAAAGUGCAGAGUAACUUUAUUCCUGUUGCUGGAAUAGUGCAGGGUUCUCAUUACGUACCUGUAAACGGCUAAAAUACCAGCUACUUUGUGGUCUGGGCCAUUUACUGUUGGGAGAAAAGGGGUAAAGUGAGGGAGUGAAAGCCUUAAAUUGGCUACAGCACUUGAUUACCAAGCUGCCUACUUUUGCAUCCUACCUGUCUACUUUAAAACUUAAUGAGAACCCUGUAAUGUGUUUAUUUAUUGCAGCCAGUUGCAGCUGCAGAUGAUGAUUGGAGUGUAGAUACAAGUGAAGAAGCUGUGCAGAAGAGAAUGGGAAAUCUUUCCUCAGGUGUUAAAGGAAUAGCACUAACUGACGAUACUGAGAAGACACAGGAAGAGCGCUUCCAUCUGUUUUAUUCCUUUGUUAAGGUAAUAAAAUAUGCACAACCUGUGCAGAUUGUUAGUUUUUUAAUUGAGAUGUAUUGGAAGUCUCAAAGAGCAGUUCGAGGAACUUAGAAAUGUUUUGUGUACCAUUAACAACAGAAAUAGUGAUUUCAGGUUUCAAAAUGGAAAUUGGCAAAGGUUUGACUGUAAUCUUAAAGAUCUAUCACAGUAUUUUGGUCCAUUUGCUUUGUUUUAUUUCAGGAAUAUGUACACUGCUAAAGUUACUGUCUUACAUUUAAAUGGUGUUAGUGAUCCAUAUCUAAAUGUUACUCUUCAUUAAUACAGAUCCUUUUUUAUUCUUAAUAGGCAAAAAAGGAAACAAGCAGCGUGGAAAAGAGAGCAAAAGAGAUUGUUGCCGAAGCAGAAAGGCUUGAUAUAAAGGACAAAGCUGUGUUAGCCCUUAGUGAAGUACUUUUUGAUAGUAACAUGCUCAGCCAAAUCCCCAAGUUCCGAAAUCUGUUUUUGAGGGUGAGUUUUCAGUCGUAUUUGCCUGAAAGCCCCUUGUGACCAACGCAUUGAUUCAAGUUUCUUAGAAGCAAUGUACAUGUGUAUAAAAUGCAAGGCUCAUCCUUGGUGCAAAAACUUGUGAAAACUCACGAGUGAUGUAAAACAAUGAAUGCAAAGAAGCCAUUGAGAAGUCAACACAAUAGAGCCAUUGAAAAUAAUAGCUAGAAAACAAAGAAAUACUUCACAGGUUUUUUACACUGAGGUAAACCCAAAUGUAAUCUAGUCUUGUAUAGCCAAAAUGUCACAUGUCUUUCCUUUCAUGUAGAAAGCAGAAACAUAGGUUAACCUUUUAUUGUGUCUGGCUAGAAUAAGUUACCUGGUCAUAAUAGUUUGAUGAUGGUGUUGGCACAAAUUCAUGUUUGCCUUGUUUUUACUUUAGUUUGUUAAUGGUAACCACAAGGCCCAGAAGUACCUGCUGGGUGCAUUUGAGCUGCUUAUUGGGCAGUCUUUUCCUGAUGAGUUGAUGCCUAAGGCAGCUCUUAUUCUAAAAGCAUUUUAUGACUCUGACCUUGUGGAGGAGGAGGUGAUCUUACAGUGGAGCGAAAAGGUAAACAACCAGCUGCAGUGGUAAUCUGUUGCUAUCUAUCUAUAGCAAAGCCAGUAGUGUCUUGUUAAUAGUGAAGUUAUGCAGUAGAGAGGUGAAGUCAUUACCACACACACUGCCAUGGUAGCAAAAUUUCUGGACAGCAACAAAGGGAAAAUGUCACUUAAAAAGUGAAUUCACACUGUUACAAUUUUCGUCGAUCUUAUUCAGUUUCAUUUAAUUUGGAAAAUCAUGGCAAAAUUGUCUGGGCUUGAAUCCGAAAGGACCAUAUCUGGUUUAGAAAGAGAAAAAGAAAAUUUUUCGUGCUGUGUGCACCAGCUCCUGAAAACGUGCAUGUGAAAUUGGGAAGUUUCUUAUCGCACACUUGCAGUGACUGCUAACUUGAAGAAAUGUACAAAAAAGUGUGAUGCACAUGCAAAGUUGUUGUUUUGCUGAUGUACCGAUUGCUUUUUUGCCUUUCUUGUUGCCAUCGCCGUCGUUGUUGCUGAAGCUCCCCAUUUUUGUGAUCCAGAAAUGUUAUUGCCAUGGUAACGUGACUUCACACUUCUCUCUAUUGCAUGGCAGAAGAAAGAAGACGGCAAAUAGUGUCUGAAAACAUUUUCUGCCAAACGUCUCCUUCCUUUAAAGCAAUCUGUUUGUAAAAGACCAGAGCUCUGAAAUGUAAAGUGAGGAUCACAACAAUAAGCAGAUAAUAACCAUAAUGUACACUUUGUCAUCCUCUUCUUUCUGCCCCCUGUUAACACUUGCACUGCAACCCUUUAUACCCAAAAAGACACAUACAAAUUCUCCAAACUGAUCUCCAUAUAAUGAUAUAAUUUCCUUUAAGACCUGAUAAAAGAUCAAGGCAUUUUCUCUUUGGUGAUCAUUUUAUUAAUUCUCAUAACCAUAUCUCUUGACAAUGUAUGGAUAUUGUUAGGAUAAAAUGGUUCUUGGUCACUAUUGGCACUUAAAGGGGUAACUGUCAAUGGUGUAAGGGGUAGGGGUGAUCAUUAGAUCCAGUAAUAUGACAUUUAACACCAAGAGUUGACCAAACAUGUUAAGUGUGUGGAUGAAUGUGUGAGGUGUAUAUAUUUUAAACUUGUUUUGCAUGAACUGUAAUCUCUUCAGAACAGAGGGCACAGUCUCAGUGUUCAAUCUAGAAAUUAUUCAAAGUGGGUCAUAUGUCCCAUGUGGCAUUUUAAAUUGGGUCAUUUCAAAAGUGGUCUGGGUCAAAGUAUAACUUUGAAACUUUGAACAAUGGAUAUCAUCCAAACUAUCACCAACAGGUUUAUGCUUUUCACAGUUUUGAUGCCUUUUUUGCAGUAAACAGUCAAAUACUGAUCACAUCAAACAACUCAACAGCCAUUCUCUUUUGCAUAAGAAAGAAAAUGAGCUUUUGUUUUUCUUUCAUAAUGAAAGGAAAACGAAAGAACAAAUUAGUUGGAAAACGAAGCAUGAAUCGAUCAUACACAUGACAUCGAAUUGAAUGCUCCAGUCUUUUUUGGAAUUGUAGAAUUGCCAAAUUUAGGAUUUAGAUGAAAGACUUUGUCAAGACUCUGCUCGUAGAAAAACUGUGUGCAAUCUAGCAGCUCUGAACGGAUAAUUCGGAAUGCCCAAAAAAAGUUGUGUGAAAACAAGAUUUCCUUGUUGCCCAUAGCAUAAGCAAGUUGACCAGGCAAACCACUGCCCUAAUCUGUGAUGAAUUUUACGUUUACAGGUUUCCAAAAAGUAUGUGAGUAAAGAGGUAUGCUCUCAGAUCCACACAAAGGUGGCUCCCUUUAUCAAGUGGCUGAAAGAAGCAGAAGAAGAAGAGUCCAGUGAAGAGGAGGAAGAAGAAGAGGUGGAGGUAGUCUAUGAUACUAAGGCGCAGCAGCUAAAGGCUCAGGUUGACAACACAGCUCCAGCUGAGGAUGAUGAUGACUUGGAUAUUGAUGCUAUUUAAUUCACAUUUUGCUUGCCAUUAAAAACGAUGAUAAAUUGAUAAGCUAUUGAUUAGGACGAGUCAUGUUAAUUCAUACUAUUUGUUAAUUUUCAGUGUGAUUUAUUCUUGCGCUUGCAUUUUGUUGUUUCAUUGAAGAAAUUCACAAUAUAAAAGUUAAGUAAUUUGCAAAAAAUACAUGUGUGGUCAUUUGAAAUCUUGUCUUAAGUGCCUGUAAUGUAACUUAAUGAUACUAAAAAUGUGGCACUGUAAUAUUUGGAGUAUAUUAUUGCUUUCAUUUCCUGUGCAGUAAGUGCUGUAAUUUUGACUUUUUCACACUGGUUUGGUUUAAUUUAAAACUGAACAUUUAAGAAAAUUAAAAGCUUAGAGAUAUCAGUACUGUUGUCUUUAAUGUCUGAGUUAUUCCAUAUAGUAGACCCUAGUAUUAGUAAAUGUGGUAUUAUUUUAAUUGAAAAAAUACCUGGAACACUUAACUUUACUUUACUUGCUCUGUAAAAUUUAUUCUGAUGUAUUCUUGAUCUUCGAAAUAAU